CACUAGCCAUCGGGAACCUCGUUCCCGUUCCACGCGACAGCGCCCGGCGCCCGAGGCCCGACCCUGUCGCCUCCGCAUCGAUCCGCCUCCGCCGACUGCUCGCCGGCUACCGGAGCGCUGCAUCCGACGAAUCUGUCCGCCCUGAGCCCCUGACGCACUCAGCACUCGGCUAUAGCCCUUACGUGGAGAGCAGACCGGCGGCACAGACGCCGCGGCAGAGUCCAGGCAUGAGGAGACACGCGCUGCCCCGGAUGUCUGGCGCGGUUGUGCCACAGCCCGCAGGCCGUAGCCCGUAGGCCGCACCACGCGAGCACGGUGCACGGCAGCACCCCUCCGUUCUCCGGCAGUACAGCCUUAGUUACAGGAGAGUAGCCUGCUCGGCUGCUCCAGCUACAGUUUGAGCUUGUCUUCAGUUCUCUCCCCUCUGGCACAAUGUCGUGAGGCUCCCAUAGUCCAGAAUCAGGGGAGCUGGGCAUGCCAUAGGCUUUAAGAAACCAUUGUGGGACAGUGAAAGCCGAACAAAAAGCAAACAACUAGAUGGAGGUGGUGGUGCGGAAGGUGCAGCAGCGUCUUAGGAAGGCACAGGAGGAGAUGAACCAGUGGGAUGACCUAAACACUCACCUCCUUUCCUAUUUCUCCAAUGCUGGCACGGUCAUCUCUCGCUUUCAGGCUCUUGGAGAGGACAAGAAUUAUGGUCCCUUGCGUGGUGUGCCCAACAUCAGAGAGGACCUCGUGGGGAACCAGAUGGAGGUUCUAGAGCUCAUUUUCGUUAAUGCUAGGGAGAUCCUGGAGAAGUUCAAUGGCAUUGUGAAAGCUUUAAAUAAGGCUCUGCAUGACACCAAGCAGAUCGUGAGAGGCGGGUCAGCACUCACGGCAAAACAGAUGCAGUUACGAGUGGGAAUUUUGCCAACGAUUGCAGAAUGUUUGGAUGGAUUUCAAACAUUAUGUGAAAUGCACCAGGCAGAGUUUACACUAAAAUCAUCAAUUAUAUUCUUGCUGACAUGGAAGAGCAGUUCCAGUGACACUGUUGUACUACGUCAACUCUUAGUAGACCAACCAAACAUUCCAAAAGAUGAAGUCCACUCCAUAUUCGACAUUAUAUUUGCUGAUGAAAUUUGUUGACCAGCUGGUAUUUGAUUGUUGAAGCCUUGUUCCCUAUGUUCUGAUCAAGCUCCCUGCUCAAGUGAUGACCGAGUCAGUCUGAAAAUUGUAUUGUUCGAUUAACCCAAUUGUUGAAGCAUUGUGGCCGAGGCAAGUCUUCAUCUCUGUCAGCUGUCAGCAUCGGUGAUUGAAGACCUAGAGGCUGGACCUGUACCUGCCAUUGAUGAUGUACUGGUUCUGUAGCAUAGAAAGUCGCUUCAAUGUAGAUUAGCAUAUUGCAAACGAGUUGUUAUAGUGGCGCGCCCCAUGAUCUCAGCGAAUGCACAAGUAAUCUGGACAUGUUACAGGUACAGAAUCGUGUGAAGCAGCUCCUGAAAUUCGCAUAUGAGCACUAACAAAGGGAAUCUCUCUGGUUUGCAAUCAAUCUUAUUACUGAUUCCCUCGGUUUCAGGGAUAAUCUAUUUUUUCUUCGUUGCUUUGGGAUUGUAAUGCGCCUCUGUAAAUUAUCUGAAAUUGCACGUAAAAAUUUCUAUGAA